AUGUCUACAUACGACCAUAACGUCGACAGCAAAGAGCCGUUUCUGAAAACAAACAUGAAUAACGCUGGUGUCUGCAGCACUAGCAUCACGAGCAACGCUAGCAAUGGUAACACUCCAGCAUACAACGGCGUGACCGCCUCCUGUAAACCCCCAAAUAAGGAGUUCGACUACGACGUCCUGCAGACCACAAUUGAGAAACUUCGCGUUUGGCUUUUCGCCAUCACAGCGGUUGCAGUAACUGGCUUUGUGAUUCUAAUUAUCGUUGUCUCAUGUCUGUAUGCUCGUUUGAACUAUGAUCUGAAUCACCACACACACAAGCCUAAAGUCGGGGAACAGAUGGCGUCCAUUUUGGAGAAGGAGGAGCUUUGCGUUCCUUGUGAAGAUUUCCGAUUGGGUCCCAGUCCUGAGGAAGACAGUAUGCUAAACAAGUUUAAUCGCAAGGAAACGCCCACCGGGCAGACUUGCUGUGUUGAUGAACCCUUGGAGUUACUAGAACUUCUCAAACUG